CAAGACGUCAUUCCCCUGGCAUCCCAAGCAUUACGAGUCCGGAAAUAUCGGCUGGGAGCGACAAAGGAGCCCGGCUCCCCGAGCGACAGCGGUAACCGGCCGGAGCGACACUGGGCAUCAUGAGCGGGUUCCGGCAGCAGAAUGUGGAGGACUUCUAUGAGAUGGGAGAGGAGCUGGGAAGUGGUCAGUUUGCAAUUGUGAGGAAGUGCCGGGAACGUAGGACAGGAUUAGAAUACGCUGCCAAGUUCAUUAAGAAGCGCCGCUUAUCAUCCAGUCGCCGAGGAGUCAGCCGGGAGGAGAUUGAGAGAGAAGUCGACAUCCUGAGAGAGAUUCAACACCCAAAUAUCAUCACCCUACAUGAUGUGUUUGAGAAUCGCACAGAUGUGGUGCUUAUACUAGAGCUAGUGUCUGGGGGAGAAUUGUUUGAUUUCUUGGCACAGAAAGAGAGCUUGAGCGAGGAAGAAGCCACCAUGUUCUUAAAACAGAUUCUAGAUGGGGUCCACUACCUACACCACAAAAGUAUUGCACACUUUGAUCUGAAGCCAGAAAAUAUCAUGUUGCUGGAUCAAAGUAGCCCAAACCCUCGAAUAAAACUCAUUGAUUUUGGAAUUGCCCACAAAAUACAAGCUGGGAAUGAGUUCAAAAAUAUAUUUGGAACACCUGAAUUUGUCGCUCCUGAGAUUGUCAAUUAUGAACCACUUGGAUUGGAGGCUGAUAUGUGGAGCAUUGGAGUGAUCACUUACAUCCUGUUAAGUGGGGCAUCUCCCUUUCUGGGAGAGACAAAACAGGAAACGUUGACCAAUAUUUCAGGUGUUAAUUAUGAUUUUGAUGAGGAAUAUUUCAGUAAUACAAGUGAACUUGCUAAGGAUUUCAUACGAAGACUGCUAGUCAAAGAUCCAAAGAAACGGAUGACAAUUGAUGAGAGUUUGGAACAUUCAUGGAUUAAGGCCAUCAAGCGCCGCAAUGUUCGCCAUGAGGACAGUGGAAAGCGGCCGGAGCGAAGGAGGUUGAAGACAACGCGACUUAAGGAAUAUACAAUCAAAUCCCAUUCGAGCAUGCCUCCUAAUAAUACAUAUGUCAAUUUUGAAAGAUUCAGCCAUGUGUUGGAAGAGUUAGGAGCUGCAGAAGAUGCGCUCCGUGAGCUACAGAAGAGUCAGACUACUUCGCGUGAAGAUGUUUGUACUCUGCGCUCCAUUUAUGAAGAGAAGGAAAGCUGGUAUCGGGAAGAGCAAGAAGGUGUGACACGACAGCUGAUGGGGCUUCAACAAGAGCUACAGCAUGGAGAAGGUCAACGUCGGCAGCUUCAAGAAGAUCUGCGAACUACCAUGCUAAGUGCAAAUGGUCUGAAGAGGAGAUUUGGCAGAUUGGAAAACCGAUAUGAAGCAUUAGCAGCACAAGUCACUGCAGAGAUGAGCUUUGUUGAAGAGCUACUAAAAUCCAUGGAAAGGCCAGGAGCAGACGAUGUCAGGGGUGUAUGCUAGAAAUAGAGAUCCUGAUUGUGCAUGUAGCUAGAUGUAGGCUUCUUGCUAUAUAUUUGUUCUCUGACACAGACUGUGGAUGUGCUAAGCUUGGGUUGUCAGAGAUAAUUAAAAAUCUCAGACAAGUUCAUGGAUGGGAUGGUCUAAAAUAAAAAUGUUGUACUUACCUUUUUCUUUAGCGCUGUUUUCUGCGUCACUGGUCCGAUCCUUCUGCCAUUACUUGUUUACAAACUCCAGCAGUGACAUGCAGGUGUAUGGCACAUGACCACUGCAGCCUAUCGCUGUCCUUAGCAGUAGACCACUGAGGACUGUGAAUGGCUGUGGCGGUCACAUUCCAUAUACCGGAACAGUAUCUCUGCAGUGGCAGAUGAACCGAAAUGGCACUAUAGAAUAUGAAAGGAUAACAUCACUUUUUUUUAUUUUAGGCCAUUCAGGGGCCUUGUAUACGAUUUUUAAUUAUCUUGGACAACUCCUUUUAAGACCUCUAAACCUCUAGCAGAAUUUGCAUCACAUUGCACUGUUUUACUUUUCAGCCUAUAAAAUACAUAGUACAAAGAAUUCCAUUUUAUAUAUGACUAUAAUUGAUUUUAUUUUAAUGCUUAUAUUAUACAGUCUUUUUUCUUUUCUUUUCUUUUUUCUUUGUGGAAUAUUUGUUAGUGAUUUAACAAAUCUGUUAACAUGAUCUGAAGAACUGUGUAUGUUAUCCACAACUUGUACUGCCACUACAUCUUUUUAUCCCUUACACAUUUGGAUCUGCAAAUACAAAUACAAAUACAUUUUGC